AUGGACAGUGCUACUGAAACAACCAUUCGCCAGCCCUCGAACGUCUUCGCCUGGACCACAAAUCUCCACGCUUACGAUGACGGUCUUGGACUCAAACGAGAACGGAAUCAGAUUCUGCGCUUCUCGAGCCUAUCUGAGAAGGCUGAUGACCGCCAGCAGCUGAAGAGCGAUCUUGAGGCAGGGAGAACCACAGGGACGAUUGGACUGCCUCUCGAGGCCGAGAAAGCUUCUGGUACAAACCCUCAAUUCGAGGGCCUCUGGGUUGGGUGGCUUUUGCCUCUUGUCCAGCUUCCAGUUCCGGAUAAAGGACUCAAAGGAUGUAGCAUUGAUGAUCUCACCGAGGGUACAAGCACGUCGAAGUCGAGGUUGGUUCGCGUCUUUGAGCACCAGGCUACUGCAAUGAAGAUCGUUUGUCGAUCGGUGGCCAAAGAUCGCGGGAAGAGGUAUUAUGCGCUCGCUUACCCGGACCCUAUGACAGGCAUCUGCAAAGCCAUCCUCCUCGGGGGCAAGGCUCAUGUGUUCUUCCACCCCGAGUUCCGGAACGAUGCCGUAACGAGUACCGAAAAAAGAGAUAUGGAGUGGAAGCAGAUCUUGUUCAGGGACAAGAAUCAAGAGGAGCAAGUUUCUGGGAAGGUGGCGCAGAGCAUCCCACAAGGCGAAGACAUCCUCAUCGACCUAUAUACGCACUUUGCCGAAUUUUCGGUCACGAAGGAUAAGCGACACAUUGAUGCAGCGACCGGAAUCAUUGAAGAAGCAGUGCAGUGUGAUCCGACGCUGUGGGUAGGGAGCGAGUAUUUACAAAAAUUGCUUCAGGCGAAGGCACUGACUCCUUGGGAGGCCGACAAGGCCGUGGAGGAGUUCUUUCGAAUUUACCCUCAGCCAGAACUUGAAGCGAUGGGAGUUGUGACAGGUGAAGUACUUGGGCACGUGUCGCGGGUCUUGUGCGCCAACCCCGACAAACUUUGCCUGAGCUGGCCAACAACCCGCAUGUUCUUCACGCACCUCGCAACGACCCUGAAGAGCAAUCCGCCCACUUGUGACAAAGAUUUUGAGUCCCUCAUCGAGAAUUCAAGCCUUUUCGUAUCCUUGUACACAAACCCAGUCGCGCCGAAUAGAUCGGCGACAUAUCAACUCUCAGAAAUCAAUGUUCUCAACUUCAUUGAGUCAGAGAUCAAGAUAUUGAAAAAAUUAUCCGCCAGCUAUACAGGGGCUUCUAGAGCUCUAUUUGAGUUCUUCAACAGCAUUCCAUGCAGUUGGUCUAUCAAAGAGGCAGCAAAGAAGCUCCGAACAACUUCAGACCGGGCCACUGCCCACGUCGCCUCGGAGAGUUACUUACGCGCCCUGGGACAGCAAAUGAAGACCAUCCAAGAUGAACACCUGUUCUCGCCGAUGAAAAUUCACAUCCGACGCCUACAAGAUCUCGGAGCGAAGAUUCGCGAGAAAGCCAAGCAAGAGAUUGAUGAGAGUUCUCAGGAAGAGAACAGCGAGGUGGAAGAGAAGAGCGAGGAGAAUGAGAACAGUGAGGAAAAUGAGAACAGUGAGGAGAAUGAGAGCGAGGAGAAUGAGAACAGCGAGGAAGAUGAGAACAUGGCAAGCUAUUCGGUGAAUUAG